AUGAUUUGGUGCAAACCAUUUCCUCAAAAUAAUAUUCAGAAAUACCUUCCCCUAUUGUCCCUUUGUUUGACAAACCUAUGCAAUGAAGUAGCUUGUGCGGUUGAGCCUGUGUUGAGCUACAAGGUCUCAGGCCAAGGGAACCAAGGCCAGGUUAUUUGCUGGAGCAAUACUCCUCCUAUAACUCUUCUGACGUGGUACCUCUGUAGAGUUCAGAUCUUUGAGGUCUUCGCUAGAACCAUACAGAGGGUUAGGCUUUGUAGAAGAACACUGCAGCAAGUUCUUCUGAGGAAUAUAAGGUGUCAUGUUGUCAGUAGCUACCACCAAUGUCAGCCAAGGGAACUCCAUGGAAUCAGUCAUGGCAACAAUGGAGCGACAAACAGCUCAAGGACCCAGACUAAUGUGACGCAGAUGAUAGAAUCUCUUUCUGCCAGUGUCAAUCUUGCUAAAGAUCUUUCUGCUAGGUGCAAAGGCAGAACAUACACGGCUGAUGAGAUACAAAGCAUAGCACAAGACCUGGAGAAUGUCUUGCAGAAUAUAUAUGAUGAUCUUUGCAGGAUACCAGCCUCAGCAUUUGGCAGUAAUUCUUACAUGGAUGUUCUUAUUAAAUCACAGUCAAUGAUGGAUUACUGCGAGGCUGAUAUACCCAUAAAUGUAACGGGCAACAAGCCUAGGAGAAGGUCUCUCCAAGAUAAUGAUACUCCGAGGCUGGUGGACUUUCUGCAGGGAAUGUACCAUGAAUCACAUGAAUUUGGUGGCCAGAUGUUCAACACUCUCCCAGAGGUUGCAGAAUACAUUGAGCCACUGUAUGAUGCGUUCAUCUGCCCACUGACAAAUGAGAUAAUGACUGAUCCUGUGACAAUUGAUAGUGGUGUGACAUGUGACAGGAGGGCCAUAGAGGAGUAUAUUGAGAGGUUUUCAGACAGUUCUGAACCUGUCUAUUGCCCUGUCACAAAAAUGACAAUGCAAAACACAAUGGUGCUUGAAGCUAUACAUGAGCUGAAGUUGCUGGCCAAGUUGAGGGUGAAGAACAAGGAGCUGAUGCACAAGAUCGGGAUCACCAAGUUCUUAGCACGGUUGUUGGAUAACCACAAUGGACAGAUUCAGUUUGACGCUCUCAAGCUUCUGUGCUUGUUAGCUGAAGAUGAAGAAGGAAAGGAUAUCAUUGGAAAAACUAAGGCCAUUGCCAGGACAAUAAAACUACUGUCAAGUAAUAAUUCUACUGAUGAAAGGCAUGCAGCCAUCUCUUUCUUGCUGGAGCUUUCAAAGUCACAGUUACUGUUGGAGAAUAUUGGAUCAACACCUGGAAGCAUUCUGAUCCUCACUACAAUGAAGAUCAACAGUUCAGAUGAUCCGAUUUCUGCUGAGAAAGCUGGAGCAGUCCUUAAGAACCUGGAGAAGUGUCCAAAGAACAUCAAGUACAUGGCUGAAAGUGGCUACUUAGAACCUCUUCAGAGUCAUCUAGUGGAAGAUUACAAAACAGGCUCGGAAGAGAUGCAGAUGGAGAUGGUCGGCUACCUCUGUGAGCUAGUCCAAGAGCAGGAGCUCACCAUUGACAUCAACAGAAGCACCUCGGAAAUCCUCAUCAAGAUGGCGCACGGAUGCAAUUCCAUGGUCCGCAAGGCAGCAUUCAAUGUCCUUGCCCAGCUUUCUUUGCACCGCCCCAACAGCAAGAUGCUUGUCGACGCAGGCGCUGUCCCUGUCAUGAUCGAGGAACUGUUCAUCAGAAAAAUGGAUGAUGAGCCGGUGAACUCCAUGGCCACCGCUGCCACUGUCCUGGCCAACAUUGUUGAAUACCACUCCUUCCUGCAAUUGUGA